AUGGACGCGACCGAGACCGUCAUGGAGGGGGAAGCACCCAAGAGCGCCAUGCGUCACCUGACGAAGGCAACUGCCGCGACGCCGAGCAUGGUCGACGGCGCAUGGAAGGAUCGAAUGGACAAGCUCGAUGAGCGCAACCUCAACAUGGAAGAAGCGGUGGAGGCCGAUAUGGCGUUCAAGGUAGACUCGUAG